AUGACUAUUGAGUUUUGUCCUGCGGAAACCAUUCCAAGAAUCUCGUUUUCUCAUGAUUUCGGUUCAUCAACAAUUUCUCCAAUGCAACAGUACUGCCCUCUCCGAUCAACUUCCUUGCCCUUGAAUUCGAGCAUUGACUUCGAGUUCGAUGUUCGAAUCAAUAGUAUUGAUCAAGAAUGUUAUUCAUCAGCAGAUGAGCUCUUCUCCAAUGGUAAAAUCCUUCCAAUUCAAAUCAAGAAAAACAUUUCCCCAUCUAAACAAGAUCAGCAACAGCCAACAUCCCACAAACCCCAACCUCAAGCUAGAAAUGCUAGCUCAAACGAUAUCGAGGUUGCAACUAAAGAACCAAAUGAUCAGAAUCAAAGUUCCAAGUCAUUUCGGCAGUUCAAGAGGAGCAGUAGUUUGAAUUUUGUCAGCGGAUAUAAGCGGAGGCUAUGUCCAUCAAAACUUUUAUCAGGAAGUAGUUCAACAGGGUCAGCUCCAAAGGUGAAACCAGGGCCAGUUUUGAAAGAUGGUCAUGGACCUCAUGGUAUUGGUAAUCACAGGCAGAACAAUCAGAAGGAGAAGUCUUUGCCAUGUCUGCAGUCUUCAACUAGUAACCAAAAGUCUCCUUUGAAGAAGAGUUUUACUUAUGGAUCCCACGGCAAUGGUGUGACAAUCAAUCCUGUUCUGAAUGUUCCCUUGGUGGAUAUCUUUUGUCUAAGUUCAGUCUUCCCUUCUGGCAAAGAUAAGAGGAAGUAA